AUGGACAGAACCAAUAGUAUACCUUUGCAGGGCCCCAACCUAUGGAAACCUCAUCACCUAAAGAUUGAUAUUCAACCUGAGGCUCAGAAACUGGAUAGUGAAGAUGCAAGAAUCGCCAACUAUUUCGAUGUGAUUGCAGGAACAAGCACUGCUGGUCCUGCUUACUCACUGCCCCAAAAUCUUCCCCAAGAAACAGUCUCUGACCGGAGAUCCAACCUAACCCAAGAACUGACCUGUCCAACCAUCCAACUUUCAAAAGUCCUGAGCAUGACUGUGUUCCCUGAUUUUCGAGAUGUCGGGUGGAUCGCAAUAGUUGCAACUAAUUCUCUCUAA